CAGCAAAACCUCCUCKAGRUUAUCUCGGCGGAGUAUGAGCUGGGCCUCUCUACAUCUAAGUCCUAUUCUAAGAAGAAGGACUUUCCCUUCUAAUGGACAGCUUUCUGAGAGAGAAGAGUCUGAGAACGAAGAGAUCAAGGGAGCUGAUAGCCCUGACGGUUUAAGCUCGCCAGAAUAUAGCGGAUCACCGAGACUGGGUGGAAAACCUCGAAAAGAAGACUCUAAACUGCAGAAUAAAGUGUUUUACAAGCGGUCUAUGAGUCUAGAUAAAGCGGGGUGGUCACUGUCAUCGUUAAAAUUACCAAAAACUAAAGAAAAACGUUCACGAAGUUUAAUUGUUGGCGAUAAUAAACGCUUAUGGUCCCCAAUGCUAAAACUGAAAGAAAUACGAGAAAGAGGUGUAGCUGAUAGCCUGACUGUUCAACGUGUUCUUGAGUCUCCAGUUGUGAGAGUCAAUGGUGAAGAUUUUUCAAAAAACAAUGUAGGAGAUUCUGCAGCCGUUAGCAUUGAAACAAUUUCUUCAAUAGACGAGACUGAGACAGAAGAGGAAGAAGAAGAGAACUUCAAUUUUCCGUUUAUCCCUGGUAGGACUUAUUUACUAUCGAUUACUACAGUAAUGUGUGACAAGAGUAUCGUAUGCGCGUACGUAUCGUAUGUGCGCACGUAUUCAUGCAGUGUGCCGGACAUAUCGUAA